AUGUCAAGUGCAGUGGUGAAAAAAAAAUCUGCUGCUACUCGAGGAGGUUCCACUGUUACCGGAACAGAUGCUGAUCUACGCAGAUUAAGCAUGGAGGCUGCACGAGAGGUUCUUCUUAAAUUCGGUGUUUCUGAUGAACUGAUUGCGAGGCAGACUAGAUGGCAUCGGAUUGCAAUGAUACGCAAGCUUUCAAGUGAGCAAGCUGCAUCUGGGGUAAAAGUUGAUGCAAACACUAUCAGUAAAUAUGCACGUGGCCAGCGUAUGUCCUUCCUCCAGCUACAGCAGCAGAACCGGGAGAAGUGUCAAGAAAUUUGGGAUCGGCAAGUUCAGAGUCUUUCAGCUCUAGAUGGGGAAGAAAAUGAGAGCGACUCUGAAGGAAAUAAUAGCGAUCUGGAUUCCUUUGCUGGGGAUUUAGAAAAUUUGCUUGAUGCAGAAGAAUGUGAAGAAGUGCUAGGAGGUGAUCAUGAAUCCAAUCAUGAAAAAUUGGAUGGUGUUAAAGGGCUUAAAAUGAGAAGGCGCCCUUCCUUGGCUCAGGCAGAAGAGGAGAUUGAAGAUGAAGCAGCAGAAGCAGCAGAGUUGUGCAGGUUGCUUAUGGAUGAUGAAACUGAGAGGAGGAAGAAGAAGAAAACAAGAGUUUCUGGGGAGGAGCUGGGGUUGGCUCCUGGGUCGCGAACAAAUUAUGGCUUCGAAAAUGCAGAUAGGGCAAAGAAAAUAAUUGGUGCAGCACAACCUGAUGAAUCCUAUACUUCAAAAGAUAAUCCAGUUGGAGAUGUAAAACUGGUGGAAAAUCCUCUUAAAAGAAAAAAGGCCGGAACACUUAAAGGAAUGAAAAAUAAUGAUAUCACACAUACUGGUCUGAUGAAUAAGAAACUGAAGAUAUCAGGAGAUGGUGGCAAGGCAAGUGAGCUUGUUAUAAAACUGCUGGCUGGACACAUGAGAACAAACAAGAACUGCCCCAAGUAUGGUGAAGAUCAGGAAACACACAGCGACACUCCAGAUUUGGAUAAAGCAGAUGGAAAGAUAACUGCUCUGAAUCCAUCUAAUCAGGCUCAGCAGAAAACUACGACAAAGAAGCUGGUACCUAAAAGUGCAACUAAAAUUGCCGUGGUUGAAACUUCUGAUGUUGACAUUGGUCUGAGUACAAAGGUUCUUCCAUUGAAAUUCAAAUGUGGGUCAACUGAAAAGCUUCCUGAUAAACAGGCUCUUGGAGAGACAGAGAGCUCUGAACGUCCGGUGGCAUCUGAUCCGGAAACUGGGAAGCCCACUUUUAAGGUGAACAAGAUAAUAAUAUCGAACAAGAUGAAACCUGAAAAUGCACCUGUUGAAUCUCAGAAGCCACCUAUUGUGAUACGGCCUCCCACAGAUACAGAUAAGGGCCAUGUCGAAUCACAAAAGCCAACUAUUGUUAUACGGCCACCAGCAAAUACAGAUAGAGACCAGGUGGAAUCUCAAAAGCCCUUAAUUGCUAAACGACCAUCAAUUGAGGCACAGAGAGAGCAACAUCAUAAGAAAAUUAUAAUUAAACGUCCAAAAGAAAUUAUUGAUAUAGAUCAGGUCAGUCAGGAUGGGAGUACUCCUGUUGAACAUAGGAAAACUAAAAGAAUUGUUGAAUUGACAAGUUCUGAAAAGAACAGGAAGGAAGAGAACAUGUAUUUGGCUAAGGAAGCUGCAAAAAAGAAAGCUAGAGAUGAUAAGAGAUCAAGGGAGGAGCAAGAGAAACGGAGAAAUGAAGAGAGAUUGAAAGAAGAGAGGGCCAGGAGGCUUUACGAAGAGGAAAUGAGAAUGAUAGAGGAGCAAGAAAGACUAGCAGAGAUUAGAAGAUAUGAAGCAGUCAUCAGACAAGAGAGGGAAGAAGAAGAACGCCAGAAAGCGAAGAAGAACAAACAGAAGAAGAAAAGGCCUGAGAUAAGAGAGGAUUAUAUAGAGGACUCACGAGCAAGAAGACUUGACAAAAGGAUGCAAGAAAGAGAUCGGGGUGCAAAAAGGAGGCCAGUUGUUGAAUUGGGAAGGUAUGGUGGAGAAUCUGCCCCAAUAACAAAGCGUCGUAGAGGGGGAGAGGUUGGUCUGGCAAACAUCUUGGAGCGUAUUAUAGAAACCCUCAAAGAUCGAAUUGAAGUAUCGUAUCUUUUUCUUAAACCAGUAUCCAAAAAGGAAGCUCCUGAUUACCUGGACAUCAUAGAGCGCCCCAUGGAUCUGUCUACAAUCAGGGAGAAGGUGAGGAAAAUGGAGUACAAGAGUAGGGAGCAAUUCAGGCACGAUGUGUGGCAGAUAACUUAUAAUGCUCACAAAUAUAAUGAUGGGCGUAAUCCAGGUAUACCUCCUCUCGCAGAUCAGCUCUUAGAGCUUUGUGACUAUAUGUUGGUUGAGAAUGACGAAAGCUUGACUGAAGCUGAAGCAGGCAUUGAAUCUGCAGAUUUUUAG